AUGGCUAUUAUUAUCGGUUCCAACUUUGGCUACUGCGUUCUGGCAGCAAUUGGCAUUGCGCUCCAGUGCGGAUUCACCGGCCACGCCGUCAUGAAGGCCCGCAAGAAGUUCAAGGUUGACUACCCCGACAACGGCAGCGGCCGGUAUGCCGCCAAGCUGACCGAAGAGGACUGGCUCAAGUUCAACAAUAUCAAGCGUGUCAACGACAACUACACCGAGCAGAUCAGCAUCGUGCUCAGCAUGCUGCUGAUGUCCGGCCUAUACAUGCCUAGGGCUGCUGCCGCCUUCGGUGUUAGCUAUAUGGUGGGCCGCUACAUCUACGGUCGCGGAUACAUUGCUGGCGGCUGUAAGGGUCGGGCUCCCGGUGCCAUGGUGAUGAUGUUUUCGAUGCUGUCCAUGGUGGGCAUCGCCGGUUAUAAUGCCGUUACGACCACGAUUCUGGCCUAA